CGCCGUCCGCGACACACGCCCGCCGCGAACUAACCACCCGCUCUCAUGUCACGCGAGUCGCGAUGUCGCUUCCAACACGUGAAUAUUUAUGACGCGAUCGACCAUUUCGCCUACUCAUAAAUGGCACUGCCGACCUCGAUGCAUCACUGCAGCUCGUGUAUGACCGUAAAAUGCCAAUAAAACCUAUUCUUGCGAAAAGACUCGAAGUACGAACUUUCAACAGUAUAAUAGUGUGCGUGUUAUUCUACUGGCAUGUCGUCGAGAGGACCUCCGCGGCCGAUAUGCCGCACGAGUGCUCGUACCGCAGCCUCGAGGCGGAAACGUCGGAGAACGCGGUGCUGUUCUGCAAGAUCCGAACCAUUAGCAGUUUGGACCACCUGUUACAAAACAUCAGUCGAACGCAUUUCGACGAUGUGAUCUCAUUGCACGUGCAGUGUAGUGAGAUAUUGUUUUUCGAGAGUUCGUUGACUGCACACGCGGAGAAGCCGCCCGGCAAACACACCAACCUCGCCAAACUGCGAGACCUUGUUAUCGACAAGUGUAAACUACGACAGAUACCGGCGCGCGCUUUCGAGAAUUUCAAAGACCUGAAGCGACUGCACGUGACGUCUCAUAACAGUGAAUGGUCCGCGAUGACAAUGGAACUGCACGAGCAGGCCUUCUCCGGUUUGAAAGAGUUAAUUGAACUCAAUCUAAGUGAUAACAACAUUUGGAGCACUAAAACGGAAACUUUCUGUUCUUUAUACAGUUUGAAAACUUUAAAUUUGACCAACAAUCACUUACAAAAUAUAAAGACUAUUGGAUUUUCUGACACGCUCAGGGAACAAAACUUAAGCGUAAGAAGUUGCAAUUUAGACAUAGAGACUCUAGACAUGUCCUAUAACGAUUUGAUAGUUGUAACUGAUAACAGCUUAUCUAAGUUGCGUUCGUUGUCGAAACUGUUGUUGCAAAACAACGCGAUAUCUACACUAGAAGAUGGUGCCUUUGAAGGAUUGCUCAGUCUACAGGUUCUGAAUUUAUCUAGUAACUAUAUGAACACACUACCACCUGAUAUCUUUUCUGAUACAAAGUCAGUGAAAGUAAUAAAUGUAAGUAAUAAUACGAUUAAUACAUUGCCCCCAGGGCUCUUUGAAGGUUUAGACCAACUUCAAAUAUUAGACCUUUCGCACAAUGAAUUAACUAGUCACUGGAUAAAUAAGGGAACAUUUGUAGGAUUAUUGCGGAUGGUAAUUUUAAACCUCUCAUAUAAUAGACUAAGUAGAAUAGAUCGUUACAUGUUUCAAGAUUUAAACAGUUUGCAAAAGUUAAAUUUAGAGCAUAAUGAUAUUACAUCUAUUGAUAAACACGCGUUUGGGGAGUUAAGAAAUUUGCACUCGCUAACUUUAUCUAAUAAUAAACUUCUACACAUCGACACCCACCUGUUCACCGAUCUACAUGUGUUGCACGAACUUUUUAUCGACAACAAUAAAAUUAAACACAUCGAAGAGAACGCGUUCGACAAUAUGACGUCCAUUGAAGAUUUGAGUUUGAAUGAUAACUUUUUAUCAUCCAUACCUGCGUCUGUUCGCAAACUUCGGUCUCUAAAGUCAUUGGACAUAGGGAAUAAUAAUAUAACCCAUCUGAACCGGGAAAACUUUCGCGGCCUGUCGGAACUUUUCGGUUUACGUCUGGUGGAUAACAAAGUUACGUAUUUAAACGAAGACACUUUUGAACAUUUGCCACAGUUGCAGGUGCUCAAUUUAGCUUCAAACAAAAUAAAACAUGUUGCACCAGGCUGUUUUCGGAAAAAUGUAAAUUUAAAAUUACUGCGUAUGGACGGCAACGAAAUUACAAAAUUCGACGGAAUAUUUAAUACCCUCAAUAACUUAGUUUGGCUAAAUAUGUCCGAAAAUAAAAUAACUUACUUUGACUUUCAUAGUUUUCCCGAUAGCUUAGAAUGGCUAGACUUACACAAAAAUUACAUAGAAAACUUUGCAAAUGACGACAUGUAUUCAAAUGUCAAUAUUAAAUUACUUGAUUUAAGUCACAAUAACAUCACACAAAUAGCCGUCACUUCAAUACCGCGAUCCGUGGAUAAAUUGUAUUUAAACGACAACAACAUACAAAACAUUCAAGUCGGUUCCUUUUCAAAACUACAAAGGUUAUCAACGGUGACGUUAAAUAAUAACAAACUGGUAAAACUUGACAUGAAUGCGUUUAGGUUAGAUCAAAUAGAUGAAGAUAGUGACUUACCAGAGUUUUUUAUAAGCGGAAAUCCAUUUGUUUGUGAUUGUUCAAUGGAAUGGAUUCAACGCAUUAAUUAUUUGAGCCAUAGCCGCCAGUACCCGCGCGUGUUAGAUUUAGAUAAAGCUUUGUGUUCGUUAGUCCAUUCGCGAGCUAAACAAAAAAAGUUAAUAAUUGACAUGUCACCCUCCGACUUUCUCUGUCCAUAUGACAGUCAUUGUUUCGCUCUGUGCCACUGUUGUGACUUUGUUGCUUGUGACUGUGAAAUGAUUUGUCCGAACAACUGUAGAUGUUAUCACGACAUCACUUGGAAUGCGAACGUAGUAGAUUGUUCGAACGCCGGUUACACAGAAGUGCCGGAGCGUAUUCCGAUGGACGCUACCGAAAUAUAUUUAGAUGGAAACCAUAUAAGUCAUCUGGGAAAUCAUAUCUUUAUUGGCAAAAAGAAACUACAAGUGCUGUAUUUGAACAAUACGAAAUUGAAAGAAGUCAAUAACCAAACUUUCAAGGGAGUCGACUCUUUGAGAGUAUUACACUUGGAAAACAAUAAACUAGUCGAGUUGAAAGGAGAUGAGUUUCUACAUCUGAAUAAUUUAAAUGAAUUAUAUUUAGAUCACAACGCUAUAACACAUGUCGCUAACAAUACUUUUUCCUCAUUAAAAUCGCUUUCUGUUCUCAGAAUUGACGAAAACAAACUUGUUAACUUUUUCCCUUGGAAAUUAUUAGCUUCGUCUUCCAAAAGUUUAGCUCACGUAUCCAUAGAAGGUAAUCAAUACUCCUGCGAUUGUAAAAGUAUUGCGGAAUUAGAUUCUUGGCUAAGAAGAGAUCCAGGAGACCCGGAAAAAAUGCUUUGUACAGACCCCGAAGGCAAACCUACUAAAAUCACUAUAGCAUCCGUUUUAAGUCAUUGUAAAGAAUACAUGGGAUCAAUGGGCGAUCCAACUGUUUCUAGAGAUGAAAUGGUUUCUAAGUCUAUAUUUCUUCCUGAUAAUUAUUUCGCUGUAAUUUGUGGGAUUGUUAUAAUUUUAGUGGUGAUUUGUUUGAUAGGUGCUAUCUUUUACGCUUUUCGGUACGAAGUUAGUGAUUGGGUGUACACAAAGUACGGAGUGCCGCUGUUCAAAGAACAAUCAUGUCCUAACGUCGACCCUGUCAUGGAGGGGAAUUCCAAUCACAUGUACGACUACUUCGUGAUAUGCAAUACCAAAGACACAAACUUUGUUUAUCAUAAUAUUAUGUCAGAGAUAGAAUUCAGAAAAAUGAGCUCAAAGAAAUUUUCGCCUAACGAGAUCACUCUCAACAUUCUUACGUUGGAUGGCUUUUCAAAAUCUUCAAAGCUAUCCAAAAGAUUAAUUAUUGUACUGACGGCCAAUUUUAUUUGCAAUGACCUUUGCGACAUACAUUUCAAAACUAUAUUUUUUAGUUACCUAAAAUCCCUCAAUCGCAGCGAUAUGAAUAAAGUAAUAUUUAUAAACGUUGUAGAUAACAAUCAAAUAAGCGACGAAUUGUGUUUCAUAUUAGAUAAGUUCAGAAGUAUAUCGUGGAGUGACCCGCGCUUCUGGGACAGAUUCAUCGCUCUACUCAAUUCGACCGACACUAUUAUCACGGUAAAAGGUUCCGAGAAGAGCGUAUUCAAGAAGUCGUUACGGCAGACUCCGACGUUGAGAUACACGACAAUGCCGGUUUCAAACGAUAGUUGCUCAAAGCAGAAUUUCACAAAUUCCUUACAGUAUUGUAAGAGGAACGACGGAGAAUCGUCUCAGAAUGAAAGUUCGCCUUCGUCUGACAACAACACGUACGGCGAAGGGAACAAUUCCAACAAUAGCUACAUGUCGAUCGACAAUAGGACUUGUCCUCGGUUUAAUUAUGACCUGAGGCUGUCCCCUAGCAGUGGUCACGUAUAUUCUAGGGUUGAAGAUAUUUCGCCGACCGUACCGCGUUCUAUGACGGGUAAUGCUUCUAAUAAAGGGCGCACGUACUUUGUUUGAACAACAUUGUUGGUAUUCCAUUUAUUCUAUGUAAGUUUUAUUUCCUUUUUGCACAUAUAAACUUUGCACAUUUCAUCAUUCAUUCACACGUAAAGUUUCAUUUUUUAAAUGUAAAUAUAUUGUACUCAUCCGUACGUGUUUGUCAAUUUUUUCAUACGUAAUUUUAAGCGAAGUGAAAAUCCAUUCGUGUUACGAAGAAUAUUUUAAUGAAAUGAUAUUUGUACAAAGUUCGUGUGAAAAUGUUGAGUCUGAUUGUGGUAACACUUUUCAAAUAUAACAUUUCUUAUUAUUGUAUAAAUUUUAUGAAUUCUGUGGAAUUAUUUUCACAGAUCGAGUCACUGUAACGCAACACCAAAUAGCUUAAGAUGUUUAAAAUUGUACUCACAUUCACGUUUUAAAUAUUAAGGUGUAUAAUUUUAUUAUAAAAGUCUAUUCAUAUUUAAGUACAUAGAGUUACUUUUUCAUCUAAUCGUCUAUUUAUCUCAAAAUUAUUAUUUUCUUUACUACACUUGUAAGACGUUUUAAGGCAUUAUAGGUCGACUUAGACAGACAUAAGACAUUUAUACUUCAAAAACAUAUUUGAAAGUCAUAUUAAUUUUCUUUAAGAAUUGUCUAGUGGAUCAAGAAAAGUAUUAUUGAGCUAUAUAUUAUAACUUUAAUGUGUUUUGUUUAUAUUUUUGUUCAUGAAAUGUAUUUUUAAUUAAUGUUUGUAUGAGAGAUGUGUAUGUACUGCGUUAUUAUUCAUGUGCUUGAUCCUUAAGCGUAACAGACUUGUAUAUAUCGAAAUACUAAUUAUAUAUGUUCGCGAUGUUAUCGUUUAUCGGCAUAGUUGUAUCGCUUGAGUAUUUUAAUAUAAUUAAGCUAAAUCGUGAUAUUAGAUUUAAUAAUUAUAAACUUGAAAAUAAAUGUAAUUUUUGGAUUGUAAUUAUUAGUGAUAAAAUGAUUGUUUUGUAUAAAAAAAUGUACAAAGAUAUCUUGACAACGUAAUAAAUUAUACUGACGUUUUGAUACUUAA